CUUUAAACUAAAUAUUUUGUAUAAGCUCACACGAAAAAAAAUAUAUUUUUAUUUACUAUGGACAAUCCGUCUUGUGAUCGAUUUUCACUUGGCUCAACAUCAUCUGAACCGACAGGCUUACCACCAUGCGUGCCCAAGAAAAAGAAGGAGGAGGAAUGCGAAGUUAAGCCACAAGAGUCCGAAGAGCCCAAGUGCAGUGAUAUAAUAACCACCACCUCCUCUUCCUCGACAACAAUAUCCCUGGGUGCCUUUAACUCUGAAAAUCAAUUUCCAAGAACAACCUGUCAGGAACCACCGCAUAUUGGUCAUGAACUAAGCAUUGCUAAGUCUGUACUACAACAAUAUAGUACACUAAGUGGAGAUAACUUGUUCGAUCAUAUGAGUGAUAUUAUUAAGCGCGUUAUUGACGAGCGUCCACCAAAUGUUAUUGAUUUCUUUGAAGAGUUCAGCCGAAAUGUACGCGAACAAAAAUUCCAUGUACCAGAACGUUUUCCCCCGACCGGUGUGUUUGCCGACAGUCGAAUGUUUCGUCCUGCCAAGAGGAUAUUGCAUGCCAUUAAGCUACCACAAACUGCUGAAGGUGCCGAUUAUGCUGGUGAUGAAGAGGGAGCCGAAGAGCUUACUUACGCCGAUGCGGAGCUACACAUUGAUCUUGACGAUUCCAUGCGCUUGUUUGUUACAUUCAAUGAACGUGUGGAACAAUUGCAAUUUUACUGGAAUCAAACUGGCUUUAGUAUAAGUAAAGACGAUAUUUUCCAACUGGCUAGCUCCAUAAAUCGACUGCAGACUCAUCCAUCUAUAAUGCAAUGUCGUUUUUGGGGCUGCAUUUAUGGGCUGAAGGCGCCCUAUUAUAUUGUAGAAGCAUCGCUUACUCGCGAGGAAGUAGUCACUCGUCUGGCCAUGAUGGAAGAAGAAAUGGCAGAGAAGGCGCUGCCUAUGCGAAUGCAAAAGAACAGAGAGCCAAAGGCCGCACCCGCUCAUGUGGGACCGGAGCUAACGCCAGGCCUUUAUGGCUGGGAAAGCUUUCCAUACGAAGAAUUGCAGAAGAUGACUCCAAAAGCACCAGCAGUGCCAUUGGUAGAAGAAAUGGAGUUCUAUGAUAUACCUCCCGAAUAUGUUGGCAAGGGCUGUAAUCGCUAUUCGUAUUUUGUCGUCAACAAUUUAUAUGACGAUUGGAUUGAGCUGCCCAUUGUGACUCCACGUCAAAUUGUAAUCUCCAGAAUGAUUAAAAAAUUCUUCACUGGCGAUCUGGAAGCCGACAUCGUUGCGUAUCCCUGCUUUCCCGGUAAAGAGAAGCAUUACUUGCGCGCCACAAUUGCACGCAUUACAUCCGGGACUUAUAUAGCACCUCAAGGUUAUUACAGGCGCAUGACAAAGCGCGAACAAAAUCUAUUUGAUGGUAUAAUACCCGAUGAAGGUGAAGAGGAGGAAGAGGAAGAGAACUUUAAUGAGGGUGAAGAAGACACCAUAGAGGAUAAUGACGUAAUGCUCUUGAAAAAUGAAAACUUUGAAAUAGAGCCGCUGAGCUCAUUAGCAACGCUGGUUGCCUGGGUCCAUGUGAGACCAAAUAUUUUAAAUCAAGGACGCAUUGUAUGGUACGAUGAGGAGAAGGCUCGCAAAGAGCGCGAAAAGAUGCUGGCUUUGUAUUUAAAGAUGCGACUAAUGGAAGAAAUGGGCGAAGAAGCUGAAGAAGAAGAAAUUGAAGAUGGUGAAGAAGAAGGCGAAGAGGAGGAGAUGUUAGAGGGAUUUAUUCAACCUGAAACUGGACCUCCCAUAUUGUCAUCAGUUGCUAGUGACAUGACCUUCGCGCCUAUACCGCCUUGGCUUAUUCGCUUUACAAGUAAAUAUACCAAUCAGAAGGAGCGUAUGAUAGUGCUGCAGUCAAACUUAUGGCCUGGAGCAUUCACAUUUGUCUUCGAAAACAUUUGCGAGUCUGUAUAUUUGGGUUGGGGACAUAAGUUCACACCACGCAAUAUUCCAUUCAGGCAUUUGCCGAUGGUUCAAGAGGAAUUUGUGCACGGAUUUCAAGAUUUCAUCGAGGCGUCUGACCCAACCGUGGAAGAGGAGUUGGCCUAUAACGAAUGGCUGCUCAGCAAACAGAAGAAAUCAGAAGUAAGCGGCGGCGAAGAUGAUAACUUCGAAGGCGACGAAAUGGAUGAUGGAGAUGAAGAAGAAGACGAGCAGUAAAUGCAGUUUCAGGCAUUAUGCGUAUUAAUUUGUUGCGAGUUUUAUAUGUUUGAAAAUUAUAGUUAGGUCCAAGAACCUAAAGUAAAUAUAAAUGCGCUGCUGCUA